UUCUUGAGGAACCUCCUCCUCCUCCUCCCGCAUCCCCCCAGCUAGCCGCGCGCACCUGAACAGACUGUUGCCACUCGCCGGCCUAGCUGGAUUGAGCUGCAGGCGAAUUCGUUCCGCCGCCUUUUAUGCUAGCUGUUGCUCCUCCUUGUCCCCCCGCCGCCGCAACACACCGACUGCUCUCCAAGCCCGCCCUCGAUACCGUCUCGUUCCCGCCCACGCCCUUGGGCGCUGCGACUCUCCAUGCCGGCCAGCAGAUGCCUGCCUCCAUCGUCCAGACUUUUCCCUGAGUUGUGCCGAGGCCUCUCAGGACGCCUCCACUCGCCAUGAACGGGUACCCCUACCCGCAGCGGCCCUUUCAGCCCGCGAACAAUGGGCAUAGCAUGAUGGACCUGUCCGCCGAUGGCAUCAGCGCUUUCGACCUGGUCGACGGCCAGUCGCUCGACGAUAUCGUCUCCCAGAAUGAAAAAGCAAGCAGGAGGCGGAGCAUGCCCGUGUACGGCGGUGCACAGAUGGCCAUGGGCAGCCCAGACUCGAGGCGCUUGUCCAUGAUGAACUUUGGCGACCCCGGCAGCAACGACAUGGACGACUUCCGGUUCGACCUGUCGGCCGGAACUGGCAUGGACGGCGUCAUGCGCAGCGGCACCUUCCCCCGAACGACCGCCGACAUGCAAAACGACAGGAUCCCGCCCCGCGACCUCGCGAUAAACACGCAGUUUCCAAACCAAAACCCCGCAUUCUCGAAUAUGGCCGACCCUGCAUCUUCCUAUGCCUCUCCGCUGCACCCAAACGCUUCGCUGGACAUGGACAUGACAACACCGUACCCAAACGCCAUGUCCAUGUCCAUGGACAUGAACGACUCGCUGAACAUGAUCCCGACGGAUAUGAAUCUGUUCUCCAACGCCCAGUUUGCAACCCCCAUGAUGGAUUCUCCCGUCAACCAGGACUUUGUUAGCCCUCCACCACCGCCGGAUCCCAGCCCCUCUAUGCAGCCCCCGGAUCAGUUUAGAAGUGCGUCUUCCAGCACGACGCCCGACGUCCGAUCGGGGGUACCUACCCGGGCUGGCAGCCAGGAGCAGAGUAGUGUACGAUCCAACUCUCGCCCCAAGAGCGAAAACCAGACCUCGUCGAAUAGCGUCCCGACACAGAUGAGCAGCGCCUCACUCAAAGCACAGGAGCCAAUAGCACUACCUACAGGGCAAAACAUCGCUCCAGAAGCGUUUAGCCCCAUCAAGUUCCCGUGGACCACACCUCCGGGAGGCUUUCCCUCUACCAUGCACUCGAAUCCUCACGUGAACACACAGUUCAAGAAUGCCUAUUCGUCCACUGGCUUCGAUAUGCUUGGCGUGCUUAUGCGAGUGGCAACGAGACCAAAUCCUCAGAUCGACAUCGGCUCUGUAGACUUGUCAUGUGCUUUCGUCGUUUGCGAUGCCGAAAUGGAUGACGUACCCAUCGUAUACUGCUCGGAGAAUUUUGAGCGACUUACUGGUUACAGCAAGCACAUGAUUCUCGGCAGAAACUGCCGAUUCCUUCAAUCUCCCGACGGCAAGGUCGAGCCCGGCAUUAAGCGAAGAUACGUUGACGACGAUUCGGUCCUGUACCUGAAGAACAUGAUCAAAACCAGGCAAGAAGCGCAGAUUAGCUUGAUCAACUACCGUCGUGGUGGUCAGCCAUUCAUGAAUCUUCUGACUAUGAUCCCUAUAUCCUGGGAACCUAAUGGAAACAUCAAGUUCUUUGUUGGGUUCCAGGUCGAUCUCGUGGAGCAGCCAGGGUCCAUGACCAACAAGAAUCCAGAUGGGUCCUAUCGCGUGAAUUACCAACGCGGCAUAUCCAUGCCGAGCUACGUCUUCACAGACCAUAGACCGCAACCCGAACAAGGUCAGACUAUCUCCAAGGAUGAAGUGUCCAACGUACUCGCCACUUACGGUUCCACUGGCGAUUCCGAAAUUACGAGGCGCGUCUGGGACAAAGUUCUCCUCGAAAAUACCGACGAUGUUGUCCACGUGCUUUCACUGAAAGGACUGUUCCUAUAUCUCUCACCAUCUAGUAACAGGAUUUUGGAAUACGAUCCGAGCGAGCUGGUUGGUACAGCUCUAUCGUCGGUGUGCCAUCCUAGUGACAUUGUCCCCGUUACCCGGGAACUGAAAGAGACGGGUAAUGGCUCAUCCGUCAACGUAGUGUUUAGGAUAAGGCGGAAGAAGAGCGGCUACAUGUGGUUCGAAGGCCAUGGUUCCUUACACACAGAACAAGGCAAAGGGCGCAAAUGCAUCAUUCUAGUCGGACGAGAGCGGCCCGUAUACACUCUCAGCAAGGCUAUCGUUCGCGCGUCAGGUGGUAUUGGAGAUAACGAACUGUGGACGAAGAUGUCGACUUCCGGGAUGUUCUUGUUCGUGUCUUCCAAUGUCCGCUCAUUGCUAGAUAAGCAACCGGAAGACAUGGUAGGGACCAGCAUUCAAGCCCUCAUGCGACAAGAAUCAAAGCAACAGUUUGGGAGAAUACUCGAGCUUGCAAGGACCGGAAGGAAAGGCGAAGUUAAGCAUGAGAUGAUCAACAAACGAGGCCAAGUACUCCAGGCUUUCACAACCAUAUAUCCUGGUGACGCCACAGAGGGGCACAAGCCGACUUUCCUCCUUGGACAAACCCGACUGCUCAAGUAUUCAAGGAACAGUGCGGCUCAACGACCGUCCAUGUACACGCAGAAAGAACGCAAUUCCGGGGACUUGCACCAUUCCCUACCGUCAGUGCAGUCUGGGACCUCGCCGGCUCACGCAUCCAUGUCCGGAAACACUGGCUCAACAACCCCACGUACGACUACGACCGAUCCACGAUUCGCGACGACGGAAGAAUCCGCAGCGACCUUUGCUGGCUCAAACGGUCUUCAGAUCGGGCACCAGGACCAUACGCUAGCCUCGGAUGAUAACGUAUUCGAUGAGCUCAAGACAACGAGGAGCACAAGCUGGCAAUAUGAGCUACGGCAAAUGGAGAAGCGGAACAGGUAUCUUGCAGAAGAAGUUCAGAGUCUGUUGGCUGCGAAAAAGAAGAGGAAGCGGAGAAAGGGCGCGGGUCAGCUGCAGAAGGAUUGUGCGAACUGUCACACGAGGACAACGCCGGAAUGGAGAAGAGGUCCGUCCGGGAACAGAGACUUGUGCAAUUCUUGUGGGUUGCGGUGGGCUAAGCAGCAAGGUCGUGUGUCCCCAAGAACCUCGUCCCAGCAUUCAGCAAGCGACAAGAGCAAGAAGAGUGUCUCACCUCGUCACAUUCAAACCCACCCAACUAUCCUCCCCAACGUCAUGCCAGAGACAGGGCAACAGUCAUCGACCCCUUCGAUGCGUGCGCAACCUAGCAAGAGCCCAUCACAAAACACCAGUCACGAUCCUCAUGUUGCAAAAGUGGCGCGAAUGGAAGCAGCGGCGUCUCAAGGAUAUGGUAUACCUCCCAAGAUCGAUGAAGGCAUUGAGCCCGACUGAAAGAAUCCUUGAUGGACCUCUCAGUUUGAGCGCUCAUUCCCGAUCUGCUCAUAGCUCCGAGUCCUUGGCCUUCUCUACGAACGAUACCCUCUGCGCAAUUUCUCAUAUCCCUUUUCAUCUCUCCCUCUAUCUUCUCGCCAGAUUCUUUAACGAGACCCGUAGUCACGAUCUACGAUAGAACGACGGAUCUGUUAUCUCCUCCCCUGCACCCCAAAUU